AUGCGUCUUCACUACAGGUUCACUCACGCCUGUGGACACACUGCCAUCGGCCCACUGAUCUCUGGCACCUCAAAUCAAGCUUCCUCCCCAUCGCCAGACAGUCCCGUCAGCGAAAAGUUCACAACAAUCCAUCUCGAGCUCCCGUUCUCCUGUCCAUAUUGCCAAGACCGCAGCGGCAAAUCCAACCUGGCAAUACCAGAAGUGCCACUCGGCCAUGGCAUUCUCACGAUAAUCUCUCCAACGUAUCCUUGGAGCUGGUGCAUCAUACGAAGCUGCAGAUAUGAAGACGUAACACCACGAGAUUGGACACAGUCGAUGAGUGGGAAUGGGGGUUUUAGGCAGAUUGCGUGGAUACCGAGGCCUUGUGGAGAGGUCAGGGUGAUGGGGGGAUUGGAGGAAGUGAGGAGCGAGGGAAGGGUAGUAAUUGGCGUGAUAACGGAGGUUUCUUGUGCUUGGAGACAGAGUGCUGGUGAGCCAGUGGGAACUAGAUUUACCGGACUGUUAUCGCAGUUAAAUGCUGCAGUUCUGUCUGGGGAUAGGGCAGGGCGAUAA